AUGUCCAACUCCCAGCUCAUCUCCAAGCGCCGCAAGUUCGUCGCCGACGGUGUCUUCUACGCGGAGUUGAGCGAGUUCUUCUCGCGCACUCUCUCGUCCGAGGGCUACUCGGGCUGCGAGGUCCGCGUCACCCACGCCCGCACCGAGAUCAUCAUCCGCGCGACCCACACGCAGGAGGUCCUCGGCGAGAAGGGUCGCCGCAUCCGCGAGCUCACCGCCCUCGUCCAGAAGCGCUUCCGCUUCCCCGAGGGCUCCGUCGAGCUCUACGCCGAGAAGGUCCAGAACCGUGGACUCGACGCCGUCGCCCAGUGCGAGUCGCUCCGCUACAAGCUCCUCGGCGGUCUUGCCGUCCGUCGCGCUUGCUACGGUGUCCUCCGCUUCGUCAUGGAGUCGGGCGCCAAGGGUUGCGAGGUCGUCGUCUCGGGCAAGCUCCGCGCCGCGCGUGCCAAGUCGAUGAAGUUCACCGACGGCUUCAUGCUCCACUCGGGUCAGCCCGCGCGCGACUUUGUCGACUCGGCCACCCGCCACGUCCUCAUGCGUCAGGGCGUCCUCGGUAUCAAGGUCAAGAUCAUGAAGCCUUGGGACCCCGAGGGCCGUAUCGGCCCUGCCAAGCCCCUCCCCGACGUCGUCACCAUCUCGGAGCCCAAGCCCGACGUCGAGUUCUCGCAGCAGGUCCAGUCGGUCAACGUCGGAGCGGCCAACAUUCCCGCCCCCGCCGCUCAGGAGCAGCAGCAGCAGCAGCCCGCCGAGACCGUUGCCACUGGCAACGCCGAGGUCGUCGCUUCGGCCUAA